AUGCAAUCUAAGCUUUUCGAAUUAGUAGACUUUUUGGAUCCAAUCUUACAAUAUCUAGCAAAUGACAAAGCUCUUUAUCCUACCUUAUAUGUUAACCGGUUUUGGUAUUGCAUCGCAGGACAAACCCUAUGGAAGCAUAUUGAAUUGGAUUAUACACGACAAGCAAAGUUUAUAGAGAUAUGUAAAAAUUUGAAACCAUUCCAUGGACCAAGUGUAAGGAAUCUUAUUUUUUCAUAUUACGAUAGUUUGGCAGAUAAUAAAAUCAGAAUUAUUCAAUCAUGUCCAAAUAUAGUGUAUCUAAAUUUCAAUGCUAUAGGUAGGCUAGCAAUCAGUGAUACCGCAAUUAUUAAUAUUGCUCACGCAUAUCCGAAUCUAUUAAGACUAAAUCUUUUUGAAUGUGGAUAUAUUAGUGACACUACUAUCAGAGCAAUUGGAUGUUCAUGUCAUAAUUUACAACAUCUUGAUCUUGGCUUGUUCCGUCUAAUUAGUGAAUCUACAGUACGUAUUAUUGCGCGCUCAUGUAAAAAUCUUAGAUAUUUAUGUUUAUUCGAUUGCAGUAGUAUUACCGAUAAUACUAUCAAAAAAAUUGCAAACUCAUGUCAUAAACUAGAACAUCUUGAUAUCUAUGAUUGUGGACAUGUUACUGAUUUGGGAAUUUGA